CUGGUUGUGCUCUGAUCGUGAUCGAGGUGGCCGUCACGCUGUUCCAGUACCAGGCCGCGAAUCUACCCAGCCGCCACCCUCCCGGUUCCACUUGGCACUAUGGGUUCUCCUUCAUGCUGGCCUGGAUCUCAUUCAUUGGAGAAGCUGCCGCUGCCAUUGCUUUCGGAGUGUGUUCGCGGAAGAGAAAGAAGGAGAAGGCACCAGAUGACCAGUACGCCAUCGAGGAGGAACCGACCAUCAUUGGCCGAUAGACAGUGCCAUUCGAAGGAAGUGUGUUCUGAUAGAUUUUCUUUCUUAUUGGAGAGAUUACUCGCCGACUGCAGUAAAAUUAUUGUAGAAAUGUGAAAUGUGAUUCGCAUGGAGGUUUGCUGACUUUCAUAAAGGAGAUUAAGGGUUACUUAAGGUACUCGAUUUAUGGUUCUACCUAGUCUAUUAGUUUUGCUACUUUUAUAAAGUUUAGCUCCAAGUAAUUCAUCUGAUGAAUCUUGUGUAGCUGGGAAAGCAUUUUUUCAUACAAACACUAGAUCUAAAUUAGCUACCAUAUGAUAAAUUAUAUUUUCAAAAUUCCCACGCUACUUGUGCAAAAUGCACAAAUUCUACCUAGAAAUAUUGCAACAAUAUUUACAUACACAGGAAAACUGAGAAUAUUCACCUGUAGUUAGCAUCUUAUAUAGAUUUAAUUUUCUAUUUGAGAUCACAUGGCCUUUCUAAAUACUAAAUAUAUGAAGGUAUUCCUAGCUAAGAUAGAAAUGACAAAACAAUGCGUGAAUAAAAUCUUGUUAUCACUGAUAUUUUUUUACUCUCAAAUAUUUUUUCCAUAUAUCUUGCAAACCAGCUAUGGUUAUGCCAAUUGAAAUAUUCUUGAAGGUCUUUGAAUUAUAUAUAUAUAUAUAAGAAAUACUUAUUUCAUACCAGUAAAGUAUUAAAGAAAUUAGUAUCUGAUAUUAUAAAUACAGUCUUGGAAAAAUGUAAGGCACAUAAACCUGUUUGAAUUCUCGUUCAAGAACAUUUUGAACCUUUUAAUUGUUAAUAUUGCUUUCAGCUGUAUGUCUGUACUUGACUUACAACAGGUUAAUGAAGUUCUAUUUAUGUUCAUUUUUGACGAGAUCACAGAAUGUUAGAGAAGUGUAACAUAUUAUUAUCGUCCUAUAUCUUUAAUUCAUAGUUAUAUGUAAUUUUCAUAUGUAAAUAAGUUAACAAAGACAAUUUGUUGUAGCACGUUUUCUUUUUUUCUUUUUUUUAAUGGUUUAAAGUAGUUAGUGAUUUAAGAUUCUUAAUCUUUACUUUACACAACACAGAGAAUCUGUAGAUGUGUACAUUCUACAUCUAAUGUAGAUUCAAGAAUUUUCUUUGUUUCCAACAUACCAAAGGAUAUCUUAGAGAGACAAAUAUAAAACACAUGUUAAAAAAUACUGAACAUGUCAUGUGGCUAGUCAUGGAGCCCUUUUGUAUGUUGGUAACAUUCCUUCUUUUUCAGCUCAGUUCUUUCACCAAUAUCCCCUGUAUCCCAUGCAUAUAUGUGCGUUCCAAGUUCCAUUUUUGUGACUGCCAGCAUUUACUAGUAAAUAUAGAGUCUAUUCAAGUACUUAUCUUUUUUAUAAGUUAUCCUCAACAGAAAUCGUAAAUUAUAAUUAUGCGGAAUUUUCCGGAUUUCUAUUCACUGGUAUAAUGCUGGUCACUGCAGAUUCUCUAUAUAAUUUAAGAGAUAUUAAAUUAUUUGAAGUUAUGAUAAGAGAUUGAAAAAAAUAUAAAUUCAUACUAAUCAUUAUCACAGUGUAAUAAUUGGUCAAGGCCAUCUGUACUGUCAUAGUAUAGUGUGAAACUUCAUGAACGUCCUGAUGUGCGAACUUGACCAUUUCUUACACAUGAAAUUGCGCUGUGUCACUUCAGUGGGAAAAUAUAAUUCCCUAACCAAAUACUUUGUCUUGAAACUUUCAAUGUGUGUUCUCCAUACUGCCAUUCCCCUUCCAUGGAUACUGUUUAUUACAAUAAAAGACAUUUACCUAUC